AUGUUUCUUCUCUGGCACGAGAAGCUCGUCCGCCCCAACCUGGCCAACUACUACAAGGAGAUUGUCUCCUAUGACGGACAAAAGGUGGCGUGGGAUGUUUCUUAUACGGCAGCUAAUGGGGUCAUGAUCAAGCUGGACGGGGCCGUUGUGGAGGAGACGACUGCGGAAGGGGCGAUCGUGUGCAACCAUGGCGCAGUCAGCUCGGUUCCCGCUGCGUUCGUUACCGUCACAGGCGCUGCUGGGCUGGCGCUCGAGUCGCCCAUUCUGGUGCCUCACGGGAGCCAUCAGGCGCUUGAGAGCGUGAUUACCAAGGUCCUGCGGUACCGCGCGGAGACGCAGGGACCUAGCGCACCACCGCCCCUGCUGGUCACUGACUCCAUCAAGCGGGACCACGUUUUCAUCCGCCGGUUGCUUAAGGAGAUUUUCCCCACUAUCUCCGAGGCGGACUUUGUUGUCGCCGAGAUUAUCAAGCAUCGCGAGUGGGCGUUCUCGCGGAAGCUUGAGAAGGGCCAUGGGGACUACUCGGCUGUAAAGUACGACUUGGAGCUGUGCUUCAGCGGUCGUCUCUCCCGGCCGGACCCCACGUCCGCCAGCCCCCGCCCAACCCUGGGGGACUCCGACCUUCGGCCUCUCUCCCCCGAGAACGUUGUGGUCGAGGCUCCCUCGACGUGCCGGAGCCCUGUUGAAAUUGCGGCCGUACUGGAGCGGGCCUUCCAGGGCGAGAGCCUGCACACUUCCGAGUUACGGUUCUCGACGGCCCUCAUCCACAGCGGACGUAUGGAGGUCAGCACCGCAUGGCGCUGCGCUCUCGCAACCCUCCGCCGCUUGUGCGUGAAGUUGCGUCUCAAGCCAAGCGACGUGGAUGCGUACUACCCCGUCGUUGGCUACAGCUGCCAGGCCGACCUCGUUUACAACGUGGCGGCGGUGCUCGCCUUCUACUCUAAGGCCCGCGCUUCUUCAUCGACUGCCUUCCAGAGCGUCGCGGCGCGGCUCGGGGUUCUCUACAGUGGGGAGCAGCUUCGGCCGGAGCCGCCGCUUUCGGCUUCCUCCUCGCGCCGUGUGAUGGGGGCUGCCGAGGCAAUGGCCAACGCAGCACGGGGCAUCUGCGACCGCAUGGAGAUCGAUCACGCAUUCAAAAACUUCGCCGAACCGCUGGUCCUCAACGCCUUGUUGGCGAAUCAGAAAUUGUUCAGAUUCUUUCGCGAUACAAUCGCAAACGAGUCGCUCCACUCGGUGAUCAAUUCCAAGGAUGCUGGGAAGGGCUGGAAAUCCUUCGAGCUUGCACAGGCGCGACUAGACACGGUGGCCAUAGCGGUGAACAGCGGCAUCCUGGCGCAGUUGGUCGGGCAUUGGGGGACGAAGUACUCCCACGGGGACCGUGCGCUGGUGGCCCUCGCGACCAGUCUUCGCCAAGCCACGCGGGAGCUGUUGAAGAGGGCCUCACAAGGUGGUCUGGCGGUGCGCUGCGACUACAUGCUGGUGAUGAAGGGUGUGUUCCCCGCGCGUGUCGGUCUCUCCGACCUACUGCAGCUUGGGUAUAGACUGCGGGCGAUGCAGCACUCACGUUGGACGGAGGAGGAGGGCGUGGUACCGGGGUGUUUGAAACAGUAUGCGAAGGAUCCGUCCGUGGUCGGGGAGUGGGGCUCAGUUGCGCGGUGGAUCAGCGAGGGUCAUGUCCGGAGCCGGGACAUCAAGGCGGUGUACAGGCGGAUCUGCGAGCUCGGGGUGCGUGACCUAGGGAUAGGGGCGGUGAACGAGCAGAUUGUGGAGGAGGGGACGCAGGAGGAGCUGCACACCGACGAUGAGACGUGCGGAGAGGACGUCCAGUCGGACGGCCUGUUGCCAACCGCCGGUGGUGGUGCCGCUCCCAAGUCAGAAGCAGAAGUGCAGCAUACUGAACGCGGGCAAUUCGAAGGUCCCACGAUUGUAGCGAGCACGGCUCGUUAUGGGCGCGCAGUCACGCGGAUAGCUUUGUGA